CUGUCGACCUGCGUUAUGAACGUCGCGCGGGACGAGUCACAGAGUGAGACGAAGAAGCUUCUCAGGCUUAUCUCCUUGCAGCGCCUCUGUCGACUGGCUUUUAUCUUAAACUUCUGUGACCUAAGCAGACUUCCAGAAAAUGCAUUCCUUAGCAGGCCGUCGGGAGCUUCCCCAGUAGAGUUAAGCAAACUGGGCUGACAUCCACUUCAUUGAUACAAAUUUGGCUUUCAUUAUGUGUGCAAUGCACUCGGAAAAUAUUCAUCCGGGCUGGUUCUUCUUCGCGCUCGUGUGCUCGGCGACGCUCUGCACCCUACCUACGCACGUAAUCGCUGCAUCAGAUGCACCACCUCCUUUUUCCGACGCUGUAGCCCCGGCGGACGAACCCCCACCACUGGUCCGUAGAAACUCGGACCCGCCACCGCCACUGCCAUCACUUCCCCUUCCACCCUCGCCAUCGCCACCUGUCUCCCCGCCGCCCCGCGCCUCCCGCCCGCCGCCCUCACCUCGACCCCCGGCGCCGCCUUCCGUCGUCUACACAAUAGCCGGCGCGCGCCUCAGCCUCUACCCAUUCGCUUACAUUCGCCCCAACGCCACCUACCCAAACGGCGUACUCGUGCCGCUCACAAACGCUACGGCGGGCGGGCUGGGCUACAUCAUUGCUGCCGUCGCGCCCUCCAACGAAACCGGCGCACCACUCCCUGCCGGCAACCCGACCGGCAUCCCGGUCUGCCUCCCAGGGUUUGACAACAUCGCGGCGGCGCUGGCGUGCCGCGCGGCGGGUCUGGCCGGCGGCCGUCAGGUGGCCACGGGCAGCAGCAGCGGCAGUGGCAGUAGCGGUGGCGGCGUCGGCGGUGGCAAUGGCACUGGCAGCAAUGCCACGUACCCGAAUCUCAGCUUCGGGCCGGGACGCGUGGGGAACUUUCGCAUUGUACGGAACGUGGCUUGUCCGUACUGGGCCACUUCACUGGCGUACUGCCAAGCGGAGCUCGUGGACUGGGCGGGUGCUGGCGACUGCGCCUCGGUGACGGCGGUGGUGUGCGACAAGGGGGGUUCGCCCCCGCCCUCGCCCCCGCUGCCGAGCCCCCCCGAGCUGGACGCGCCGCCACCUGGCGAGGCCCCACCAGAUCUCGGGCUCCUUGACUUGGAUAUUGUUGUGGGCUGGACGUACGACGGUGUGGAUUACGAGCUCGGCUAUGAUCACACUUCCGUACGCGGCGGGCUGUACGGCGGCAACAACCUGGACAACAGGACGAGCUGGGAGCGCGUGUAUUGGCCGCGUGGCAGCACGCCUGACGCGACGACGUACCACGUGUGUGUGCGCUGGUUCACGGGCUCUCGCUCCCUGCAGUUGGACCUAGAACUGGAGGUGACAGUGGCGGGCGCGUUGGCGUACAGCGAGACCGCUGUGUGGGGCACGUGGUUGACCCGCAACUCGCAGUGCACGCCCGACGCCAACGGCUACAUCGGCAGCUACAGCUACACGGCUGCAGGCAGCGGCAGCAGCAGCAGCGUCGGGGGCGCCACUGGCAGUAGCAGCGGCGGCCCGCCCGCGCUGCAGUUCCUGGUGGCUUGGGGCGAGAGAAGCUCGCCCCCGCCUAAUCCGCCGCCGCAGCUGCCUCCGACCCCUCCUCCGCCACCACCGCCGCCACCGCCGCCGCCACCUGUCGUGCCGCCAGGCAUGGAGCCAGUGUGCCUGGACACGACCUAUGUCGCUGGGCGCGUCCUGGAGGUGUUGGGCGCCACGGACGGCCCAGCCGCAAGCUCCGUGGGCAGCUGCCUGCAGGCCUGCCUCAACCGCCAGCCCAGAGACUGCCAAUUCAUCGUGUACGACGGAAUGCUAGGAACGUGCUACCUGAAAUCAGACUUCCUGGUCACCAACGCCACGUCUGAGGACGCGGUCAGCUCCGACGAGUACGGCGAGUCGGGCCACAACCCCGACACGACCGUGUGCAUCACGCCGCCUGUUGUGUCCCAAGUCCUCGACGACGCUGGCAUGCCGGUUGUCAGCAGCCGCGGCAACUACGUCUGCACCCACGGCUGGGACCUGCGCGGCCGUGUGCUGGGCGUGGGUGACCGCUUCGCGACCCAGGAGGAUUGCGCGGCGGCAUGUGACCUCAACGCACAGUGUCAGUACUACGUGUACGACACUUCUGAAUCCAGCCCGUGCGCCCUGCUGUACGACGUACUGGCCGGCCACCCCAAGUACAAGUUCAGCUAUGACUCGGAGGCGGCGGCGUGUGUGAAGGCACUGCGGCCCAACGCGCCCCGCCGCCUGGAGCUGCCCGCCCUCUCCGGCCUAGGCAUGGAUCUGGCAGCCCUGGCGGGCCCCGACACGGACGGCAGCUGGCCAGCCAUCUCCGUCCGCAACACCGGCGGCGGCGCCAUCGUCGUCUAUGCCUGGCUGGUCUCCUUUGACAGUGGCCUGGGCACAGGCGGCGGCGCGAGCAGCAGCGGCGGCGGCGGCAGCGACCCCAAGCUCUACGACCCUAUCACCGGCAUCGCUGCGGUGCCCGCGGUGCCGCUGUGCGCAGGCGACGGCAGCAGCGGCUGGGGAGACGCGCAAGCAGCGCGGCUGUGCCGCGACGUGGGCUUUGCGGGCGGCUACGUCGCGGCCGGCGGCGCGGAUUCGGCUGUGGAGGCGCUCCACCUUCCUGGAGGCGCGGUGACGGGCCUGAGCUGCCCUGACCGUGGCGGCAGUGACGUGCCGCUGCUGCAGUGCCGCGGGGUGGUGGAGGAGGACCGCGGCUGCGAGCGCGUGGCCGCGGCCUUCUGCACGCCCGCACCGCCGCCGCCACCGCAGCCGCCUUCGCCGCCGCCGGUCGUGUCACCGCCGCCUCCGCCGCCGCCACCGCAGCCGCCUCGGCCCAAGUCUGCCACCCGGACUGCCAGGCUGAGUGACCUGGCGCAGACCGUGCUUCCCUACGCUCACGGCGUGCUGGGCGUCAGCGCCGACCUCAGUGCCUACGCCGGCGGCAUGCCGCCGCUCGUGUCCGUGGACAAGCCACGCGGCUUCGUGUGGGCUGCCACAAGCCACGGACCUGUGCUGCCCGUGUGUGCGGCGGGCGGUGGCAGCGGCGGUGACGGCUGGAACGACGCCGCCGCUGCGCUCGCGUGCCGCGCCGCCGGCUUCCCCGGCGGCCGGGCUGGCAGGGCCGUGGUGAACCUGCGGAAGCAACUCACAGCCAUGAUUACGAACGUGACGUGCGGGGGCGAGAGCAACGGCAUCGGCGACUGCAGCGGCGUGUUUGUGGAGUAUGGGCGGUGCCUGCGGCUGGCUUCUGUGGAGUGCAACUGGGAGCCCCCGCCCGGCCUGGCUCCGCAGUCGGCCCUCUUCGACGCAUAUGAGGGCGUCCGAACCUCUUCGCAGGGCGUCACCGCCUGGCGCGACCCCCGCACCCAGGACCAGACCCAGCCGCUGCAGCUGACCAUGUCUGGUACCUGCGGCUACGACAACAGCAGUACGGAGGCGGGCGGCGGGUACGGCAGCGUGGUCUUUGACGGCCGUAGCUGCCUUGGAAGGCUGGGUGUCAACCUGCCGGCUUGGAGCAGUGCCCGAACCGCGCCGUUCACUCUCCUGGUGGUGGCGAAGUUGGACGUGCCGGUAUCGGCUCGUCCCACAGACUCGUACAGCCUCAUCCAAAUCAGCCGCACCCCGACGGACUAUGACUUUGAGGCGGCGUUCCAGGUGGCAACACGCGGCAACACUAGCAGCAGCUUCCUGUACGACAACCAGGCAGGGCAGGCCUUCGGCAAGCUCGUCAUGCCUGCCUCGUACGAUGAGUGGGCGAUGUACGUCUUUGUACGACAGCCGGGCGGUACGGCGGCGGCGGUGUACCGCAGCUCGCAGCCGCGCAAUGGCGGCGUGGGCACCUUUCCCGGAGGCGUGGAGCUGAUCGCCUCCCAGUCGGUACCGCCGCCGGGGGUUUCAGUUCAGCCCGACAACUUGGUGCUUGGCGCUGACUGGCGCGACAACAACACAUUCGUGAAGGGGCGGUUGGCGGUUGCGGCGGUUUACACAACCGCCUUGGAUCUGGGCCAACUGAACGACCUGUACAACUUAUAUGCGCCGCGCUUUGGCUGGGCGCGCGCACCUAGACCCGGGCCCCCGAGCCCGCCCUCGCCUGCACCCAACGUGCCGUACCCUCCCCAAGGCCCAGCACCUCCCGACCAUGCGUCCGGCGACGCGCCGCCGCCCUGGGACGAGGGCGUGGGGUCCGUGACCAUCAGCAGCCCGCCGCCCUUCCCCAGCGGCUUCUUCAGGCCCAACUGGCCCAUCGCCAUCCUGACACGCGACACCUACGUGGGGUGCUUCGACGGGGACCCACGGUACCCCGCCGCCACUGACCCGGCCGGCGACAGCGGCGGCGGUGCCAUCCUGCCGUACUGCCUGAUGUACGAAGUCGACAACAUGACGGCGCAGCUGUGUGCGGAGGCGGCGCGGUCGGGAGGCUUCAAGGCGUACGGCCUCGCGGACGGCACCACCUGCCUUGCCGCCUUCGACCCGCAGCCUGCGGCCGCGCUGCUGGGGGUGGCGCCGCAGGGCGAGUGCAGCACGCGGUGCGGGGGUGACCAGCAGCAGGCGUGCGGCGGCGACGGCUCCUUCGACCUGUUCCUGGUGGGCUCGGCGGGCAGCAGCCUGCCAGGAACGGACCCAAGCUCGGGCUUGGGAUCAGUCUCGGCAGCGUACCUGGGAGUCCGGCUGAGCGGUGGCUUCUCCAGCGCUGCUGGGCGAGUCGAGGUCCAGCUGGAGGCUGGGGGGCAGUGGGGCACUGUGUGCGGCCUGCCCGCCUUUGGAGAUGUGGAGGCGGAGCUGGUGUGCCGCACUCUGGGCUUUAGUACCGGCAUUGCCGUGUUCCAGCCCGCCCCGAGGAGUGCCGCUCUCAUCCUGAUGAGCGACGUGUCCUGCAACGUCUCCAUUCAUGCGCAAUUCUCGGAGUGCGCUUCGUCGCGGGGUGCCGCUGUGGACCGCACGUGCACGCACACCAACGACAUGGGCGUGCGCUGUUUCAGCACGGAGACGCGCCCUCUGCCCGAGAUCGCCACCAGCAUGAUUCCCCACACCUGGUCGCUAGACACGCAAAGCUGGGGCGGUCAGCUUGCGGAGGACGACGGCAGCGUGGGCUAUGUGUGGUCGUACGUGCCAUCGGCCGCCGCCUGGCUGCCCGUUUGCCACCCAGGCGCCUUCGACGACACGGCCGCCACCCUGGCGUGCCGGCAGGCGGGCUUCGGCAGCGGUACGGCAUUGCCGUACGACGAGUGGGGCGUGGCGAGCCUGGGGCUGCUGAGUCAGACGCAGGUGCUUCGCGACGUGCGGUGCGUGGCGGGCGCUAGCUCGCUGCGGGGCUGCACAGGCAGCCUGGCGCCUGUGGCCAUGUGCCGGAGCCUCGUGACCGUCAAUUGCACCUAUGACCCGCCCGAGCUGUCCGUGGCGUUGGUUGACGGCCCCGACGGCGACCCGAACACUGGCAGAGUUGAGGUAACAAUUGACGGCGAUGGGAAGCCGAUAUGCUUCGACAACGAAAUGCUGGAGCCCACCAGCCCGACUGUGGACCUGCUCUGCCACACGCUGGGCUACCGUGGCGGUGGCCGCGCAUCUCGCGGCCCGCAGGAGCUCAAUGCAACCAACCUCGUGGGCUGGCUGACCGGGCUUGCCUGCCCCCCCGGCGCCGAGUGGCUGUCUCAGUGCAGCUUCGGCCGUGUGACGUCGGCAGGAUCGCCGUCCGCGGUGCUCAGCGAGUGCCCCAGCAAACGCCCGCUGCAGCUGCGCUGCUUUGACACGGCGCCACCCCCAGCACCGCCGGCGCCGCCACAGCGGCCCCCCGCCACACCGCGCCAACCGCCGCUCGGAAACCGCCAAAAGGCGGACACGUGCGUGUACAUCCGCAUCACGACCCGCCCGCCCUUUGAGGAACGCAGAUCCUCCCUGCUGCGCCUCCCGUCUUCCGAGUGUGUGCCCUUCGCGUCCGACGUGGCACGGGAAAUAGACCUGGCGGCCUUCGAGUUGGGCGUCAAGUUGCGGCGACCCUUCAGCGACACGGAAGGCGGCUGCGACGGGCUGGGCAUGCAGGUGUGCGGCGUCUUCGAGGUCCCCAACCGCGAUCGUAUCUGGUUCGCUCGCGGCGGCAGGCCCGUGGAGGAUUUGCCAAAGCUGGCUCCGUUCUUUGUGGCCGCGCUGCCGCGCUGGAUUGAUCGGGUGUUCGGCGGGCCGGGCUGCAACGACACCAGCCUCGGCUACGGCGUCUCGGCCUUCCUGCAGGAUAAGAAUGGGCAGGUGCAGUUCAAGAGCACGCGGACCUGCGCGGAGGUGUCCUCCCCACCGCCGCCGCCACCUCCGCCGGCACCGUUGGCGCCAGCCCUGCCGCCCGGGGCCGUGCCGCCGCCGUCACCUCCAGAAGCGGAGCCACCUGCUGGCGAGCCGCCGGCGGUUGACUACUUCUGCACCGGCUGCGUGGAGAUUGUGAUGACGCCUCGGGAGGGGACGUUGGGUCAGUCGCCGCCCAUGGAGAUGCCCCCGGCCGCUCCGCCAAAUGACGGCUUGGAGCCCCCACCCUCUCCAUCACGACCGCCGCCGCCGACGCCGCAGACGCUCUACGGCAACGGCUGGCCCAUCGACCCAGACUUCUGUCGUACCGCCGCGGCGGAGAUCUCAACCGUCAUCAACCGCGCCGCCAACGACUUCCGGGCGGUUUGGAGCCAACCGUUUGCCCUGGCCGAGUGCGACCCCAACCCGUACCGUCCCGUGCUGCGCGUGUGCGGCGUGCUCGACUUCGUCCCCGUGCAGCUUGAGAAGCUGCUGCAGGACGAGGGGCAGGGCCCGCGCACGUGGCUACAGCCGUACCUCAUGCCGUACAACCCGGACACGUACGACUACAGCAACAGCCCCGACGAGGAGCUGUGCCUGCCGCGCUUCCGCAGCCUCGACACCAACGAGCACAUCUACGACAUCUCCGUACGCAUGGUCAGCAACGACACCUUUGGCAUGCAGUGCCUGGGCAACGCGUCGUACGACGUGUCGUGCGCCAUCCCCGACACCGACUACUCCUCGCCGCCGCCCCCGUCCCGUACUCCCCCACCGGCGAUUGCAUCAUUAGCGCCGCCUCCACCACCAGACCGACCAGACUUCCCUCCGCCGCCCAGGCGCCCUCCCACGCCACCCCGCCCGCCACCGCCCAGCCCGCCGCCGCCCUCACCGCCGCCGCCGCCACCCUCUCCACCGCCACCGCCGCCGCCCUCACCGCCACCGCCGCCGCCGCCCACCUGCCAGAUAUGCGCCACUCUGGACUACGCCGCCGGCAACCCGCGUUUCGCCUUUUUGCGGCCAACGCACUGCGCUGCUUACGCCGCUGCCGUGUCCAGCGGUAUGGCGCAGAUCGCAACAGGCCGGGUGGAUUUUGCAACCGCCUGGCCAACUGCCGUAACCGCCCCAGCCGUCACGUGCGACACCACCCGGAUAACGGUGUGCAACACCCUCACUUCCCGCGGCAGCGGCAUUCGCAUCCGUGACCAGCUCAACGCGCGACUGGAGUCCAUCGCUCGCUCCGCAAACGGCAUCUGCACCGCGUCUCCAGGAAUCGUGUUCACGGCAGCAGUGCAGGACGGCCGCGCCUUCCCGCCGCCGCCAGCCAGCAUGUCGUGUUUCCCGAUCGUGCCUGUGUCAUUCAACUGCUCGCUUCCCGCCAACCGCGAUUUCCCCUUCCGGCCCUGUGUCACCGCGCGCAACGCAACCGCGUUCGUGCUAGACAAGGUGGUGCCGGACACCAGCCGCGCCAAUUCGCACUGCUUCUAUUUCCGCAACAACACACCUAUCAGCCCCGGAGGGGUUUGCGCCUCGGCCGCCCGCCUCAACGGCGUCCUGUUCCGCACCAACAGCACCGUGCGACCCCGAGUGCGCACCGUGUUCGUGGAGAACGGCGCCGACCGCUCCGCGCGCACCGCCCUGGGCCUGGUGUGGACCAACAACGACACCGUUCUGAACGUGGCGGUGCCGGACUGGGGCGUUGCCAGCGUCAGCAACCCGGCGGCGCCGGACCCCACGCGGCCGCGCGUGUGCAUUCAGCUUGAUCCGGGCGUGGCGCUGUCUCAGUUUUGCGGGUCAGGGGCGGGCGGCGCGGCGGGCUGUGCCCUGAGUAUAUUGACCGACGUUGCGGACACGUGCUGCCCCGUGCAGCCCUACACGCCGCCGGCACUGGCGACAGCAGGCACUGCAGGCCGGCAUUGAGGCGGUCAUGAGUUGGUUGCACACACGCAGUAAAACAGUUGGGCUAUUGCUGUUUAUCAGCUUUUAUCAGCUUUGUACAAGAGCACAAGGCAUGAAAUAUAACUUUUUGUGUUUCACGUAGUACGGAUACUGUAGGGGUAGCUGGAGUAGCUGGAGUAGCUGGAGUAGCUCGUGGAGGGGGGGACGCACGCGUGAUAUGCAUAGUGGGGAGUGUAGAAGAGCAGCACAGAGAUCGGUGCUAGGGGUCAAGUGCGGGGCUGAACUUCCUGAACGUGUUCGUAUGCCACAGGUGGGGGCACGGCUGUGGGGCACGGCUAUCGGGCUAUGGAAGCAGGAAGCCCAAGGAAAGCGAACAUAGUCCGAAAUCCAACGACCCCCCAGUCUUUCCCAGCUGCAGUAGAUCUUGCGGUAGACCAGAAGAUGAUGUAGGCCCGUUGUCGGAGGUAUGAACAUGUCACCGAGGGGGCGCGCUUGAUGUGUGACUUGGGAUCCAUGUCAUGCAUUCUUCUUGGGCUUGGCUCUGUGUUGUACGCGUUUGUCGGGAGACGGGAGGGGCCAUGAACCGAGCCCGGGAUGUUCCCACCGGGGUAUCAAGCGCUGCAGCACCCAUAUGAAUGGCUAUAACGUGAAGCGCGACCUGAGGCCCCCAACCCUGAGGUCAGAGGGCCUGAAGGCUGUGGUUGACCGUGCUACAAACCUCAAAGGCAGGCGUGUACUGGCAGGGCUUCCCGGCCGUACGAAAUGGCCGAGCAAUUCCUUCCACUGAAUACAAGCGCUGCGCCUAUGAGGUUUGUCCGGGAGCCGCGCCAGUCUGGUGCCUGGGGCCCGCCCGCUGAGAGCCUGUGGUGUGAUUGCAGCCGCAAGCCGUGUGCGCGCCAUUGCGGGACAGGCAACCUGCUGCGGCCUGAGACAUGCACUCAUAAGCCGAUUAGUAUUGAUGAGUAUGAUGAGCAAAGAUACAGCUGUCGCUGCAAGUUGGCGACCGAACUCGCGCUGUGACUGUGAGCCGAGACACUUUG